UAAAAACUGGAAAUUAAAAAAAAUUAAAAAAUAACAAACUCGGGUACACUUACACUGGCUGUACAGGAAUUUUGUGUUAUAUCUCAAUCGAAAGAAUAAGUUUUUGCCUGCCCAGCAAGUGUUUUCUCUUAUCUCGAUCACCUAAACUUAUAUCUUUACAUUAAAAGAAGAGCACAUGUUGUUGGAAAUCGGUGUCAUUGUGUGGUGCUGGGGAUUGUUGAGUCGCACACAGAUGCACCGGCACCAGGUAAUGCUGAAAGGCCGCUGCUGCGUUCUGUUCAGCGACCUGAAGGUUUUCCUGCUCAGGCCACCGACACCGUCGGCACCACCACCAGCGUUCAUCCCCAUGAGCGGCCAAAGCGCGGAAGGCCAUGCGCGCAGCGCCGACAGCAGCGCGCUGACAAACCCCGCUCGGCCGGAGGGGUUUUCCGUACAACUGACAGGGGGAGCUGUCGGGGUCGACGAGAACAGGGCGACGGAGGGCUGGUCCGGCGCCGCGGCGCAACCGGGGACGCUGGAUUGCAGCAGCUCUUCGGAUGACUGUUCCAAAGAAAAAACGGAGGAGCGACUGUCCCUCACCAGUUGUACUGACAGCGGCGUUAGGACUCCUUUGUGCAGAAUCUGUUUUCAGGGACCCGAGCAGGGGGAGCUGCUGAGCCCUUGCCGCUGCAGUGGGUCAGUGCGCUGCACUCACCAGCCUUGCCUCAUUAAGUGGAUCAGUGAGAGGGGGUCAUGGAGCUGCGAGCUCUGCAACUACAAGUACCAAGUCAUCGCUAUCAGCACCAAGAACCCGCUGCAGUGGCAGGCCAUCUCGCUGACAGUGAUCGAGAAGGUGCAGAUUGCGGCGGCCAUCUUGGGCUCCCUCUUCCUCAUCGCCAGCAUCUCCUGGCUGGUGUGGUCGUCCCUCAGCCCCUCGGCCAAGUGGCAGCGGCAGGACCUGCUCUUUCAGAUCUGCUACGGCAUGUACGGCUUCAUGGACGUGGUCUGCAUCGCUCUCAUCGUCCACGAAGGUCCUUCGGUCUUCCGCAUCUUCAACCGCUGGCAGGCCGUCAACCAGCAGUGGAAGGUGCUGAACUACGACAAGGUGAAGGACAGCGAGGACCUGAAGACAGGCGCCGCCGGCAGGACCCUCACGCUGCCCGCGCAGCGGGGCAACGGACACACCGGGGGGGCGGCCUCUGACUCCACCUCCUCCCUCAUGGCGGCCGCCGUGGCCCCCGUCGCCACGACGACGCCCACGGCGACAGCAACCGCCACCGCGGUCGCCAGCCUGGUGACUCAGGACUCUUCCGAGCAGAGCAACGGGCUCUCCCUGCCGGACCACCACUGUACGUACACCUUCCUUCACCUGCUGAGCCACCUGAGGCCGCAGGAGCCCCGCAGCCAACCCGGCAACAGCAGCCGUGAGCUGGUCAUGAGAGUAACUACAGUCUGAGGAGUCUGUCCCGAGGCCUUAUUAUUAAUGUGAUUCGG